CACUGUCCACCCUCACACAUUCCCAUACUGGGGAAUCAGGAAAAGCCGGUAACCUGAGCCACAAACUAGCUCAAUCCCCUCCCUGUUCUAUUUCCUUUCACAAUACCUCCAGUGUUACUGACACAAGGAAAUGUGCUCUCAUUCGACAAACACAGCAACCCUCUCACGGCUGCCUUGGCUUAGAUGCAACUUGUGGACUUGUAAUCAUUGUUAGUUUCAAAGAGGACAAAGGGGAUACAAUGGUCUGCUCUGCUCUCACAGCUGCCUUGGAUUAGCUGCAACGUUUGGAUUCAUGGACUUUUAUAGAUAGACUGGAGAAUUUGACUUGUCCGCAUCUGAACUAUCAGGCCUUUUUCCAAGACCAGUCUCAUUUUGUAGAGUAGGAAAUACAAACUAUGCAAAGUCAACCCCACAUCGGAUCCAACAAGCUAACGACAACGUGGCCAUUACAAUACUUCCAGAACCCCCUAUUGGACACUUUCAACUAUUCCGGGGAAGAACGAUGAGCCGACAGAUCCUUGCCUUUGUCCUGGCCUUCAUCGGGUUCAUGGGGACCAUCGUGAUCUGUGCCCUGCCCAUGUGGAAGGUAACAGCCUUUGUCGGAGCCAACAUUGUCACUGCCCAGGUGUUCUGGGAAGGGUUAUGGAUGAACUGUGUGAUCCAGAGCACGGGUCACAUGCAGUGUAAAGCCUACGACUCCCUCCUGGCCUUGCCCCAGAACCUGCAGGCUUCCAGGGCUCUCAUCUGCGUCUCCAUUGGGGUCAGUGUGCUCGCCAUCGGGCUGACUGUAGUUGGGGCACGCUGCACCAACUUCCUCCAUGACGACUGGCUGGCCAAGUCGAAGGUUGGCAUCGCGGCAGGCGCGGUGUUCAUGGCAGCGGGGGUGUUGUGUGUUAUCCCCGUAAGCUGGUCCGCUCACACCAUCAUCCAGGGCUUCUACAACCCUCUGGCCACCCAGGAGAGGAGAGGGGAGCUGGGGGCGUCCAUCUACGUGGGGUGGGUGUCUGGAGCUCUGCUCAUGAUCGGAGGGGGGAUGCUCUGCAGCACGUACAGGUGCUAAGGAGGGAGAGGAGGACAUUAGUUAUGGAUGCCAAAAGAGAGAAGAGAGGAUAUCAAAUGCUGGCCUUGUCCUGGAUGGAUGAGGGGAGGAAUGGAUAAGGGGAAGAAGGGAGGAGAGAGAGGGCUUUAAACAUUGUAUGUUUGAGGAAGAGAGAGGAUAACACAUUCUCUCCUCACUCCCUUAAAGACAUGCCUAAGUCUGGGAUGAUUUAGUCCAUAUUGCUCCCACCUAGAUUAUUUUCUUGUGUGGAGAUGUAUUAGGUGAGGCCUGUAGAUUACCUGUGUAGUAACUGUAUGGUGAAAUUCACAGGAGGGGUGCAGUGACUGCAUCCUAAAUGGGACCCUAUACCCAACAUAGUGCACUACUUUUGAACUGCAAAAUCGUGCAGGGUAAGGUGAGACGGUACCCCUGAGAUACAGUAUAUGACUGUACAGUAUAUGUGACGGAGAUCAGACUAGGUCAGGUUAGAUCAGAAUAGGUCAAGUUAGAUCAGACUAGGUCAGGAUAGAUCAGAAUCAGGGUAGAUCAGACUAGUGCAGACUCAUGUUAGAUAAGACUCAGUUAGAUUAGACUCAUCUUAGGUUAGAUCAGACUCAGGUUAGAUCAGACUAGGUCAGGUUACAUCAGAAUCAGGUUAGAUCCGACUAGGUCAGACUCAGGUUAGAUCAGACUCAGGUUAGAUCAGACUAGGUCAGGGUAGAUCAGGCUAGGUCAGGUUAGAACAGGCUAGGUCAGGUUAGAUCAGAAGUAAUAAAAUGCACUUUGUCUUUGAUCAAAACCUAAAUCAGAUAUAGAUUAUGUUAAGGAAACGAAUAAUGAUUGUAAUGAUGAGUCGUGAUGAACAACAUUAUCAAUAAACUGCUUUCCUACAUGA